GAAUUUGGAUGUUUGUGAUAAAUAUUAUUUGGACUUAUAUAUUUGAAAGAAAAAAAUAUUCUUUGUUCGUGAAUACUGUGAAUUGGACCUCUCUUUUGUUUUCCUCAACAAAUAAUGGAAAUAGCAUAUCCAUAGGGGUCGUUUGGAUCCAAAAAUCUGGACAGGGAAUUGGCCCAAAUCCUGGCCCAUCCAGGAUUUUAAUAGAUUAUGUUUUUUGGGUUGGUGUCCAAUAUUGCAUGAAUUGGUCCAUGCCAGUUUUUGAAAUCCGGCCCAACCCGGAAUUAGAAAUAGCCGGCCACCCCCAGGUAUUUUAAAAUCCGGUCCCAAUUUUAUUGUUUAUGCCCAGCGCGUCCUUGCUUCUUUUUUGUUAAUCCAAUUUUACCCUUCACCACAUUUUCACAGACCUACUUCAUUCUUCGAAUCAAAUCGUGAUGGCUCUCCCCAACCUACCUACGCGAUAGAACUCCUUCGAUUCCCCGGCCAGAGGAGGGUGAGUGGCUGAUCUUGGCGGCGACGGAAGAGGGUGAGCGGUUGAUCUUUCAUUCUUCAACAGGCGCGACUUCUGCGAGAAGAUUCAGGUUCGUUACCUUCUCUUGCUGCUGGAAGUUUGGUGCGAUUUCUAGGGUGACUUGAACGAUGUGUUUCCAGAUCCUGGCGAGUUCUCCUCAGCCAGCGGUACCCCCCGGCUCCUGAGCGAGCUAUACUCUUCAUUAUUCUCAUGGUGGAUCUUGAAUUUUGAAUGAGUCUUUAAUUAGAAGGGUAAGAAGUACCAAGAAACAAAAAGUGAUUAAUGGUUUUGAAUGGGUCUCUAAUCAGAGCGAUGGCGGAAGAGGGUGAGCGGUUGAUCUUUCAUUCUUCAACAGGCGCGACUUCUGCGAGAAGAUUCAGGUUCGUUACCUUCUCUUGCUGCUGGAAGUUUGGUGCGAUUUCUAGGGUGACUAGAACUAUGUGUUUCCAGAUCCUGACGGGUUCUCCUCAGCCAGCGGUAAGAAGUACCAAGAAACAAAAAGUGAUUAAUGGUUUUGAAUGGGUCUCUAAUCAGAGAUUCGCUACACUAUUGAUAACCUAACAUAGAAAAUCCAUUUUAGCUUUGCAAACCCACCAAUCGAUAGUUUAUUCCACUUACAGAAAGAUAAAAGGAUUUGAUUGAUUAUUUUGUUUUUCUGUGAAUCAACCGCAACUUAUUAUUGUUGUUUCAGUUUAUUCUAUCAGCAUCUUAUUAUUGUUGUUUUUACCUGCCCUUAUAAGGAUGGUUCGUCUGUCAAGCAUGUCUUCAUCAGAAAGGCGAAAGAUUAUGGUAGCGAUUAGUGCAUUUUAGAAUCUGUUAGUUAUGUAUAUCGAUUUGGGAAUGGAACUAACAAGGCUCCUACAUCUAAAGCACUUAAAUCCCAGAAUUGGUAGGCAGCCCAUUGAUGGGUACAUUGUUAGGCACUACGAUAGGCAGAGGUUCCUCUACCGAUGUACGCAAAGUAGUGAUACGGAAAGCCAUAGGAAGAUUAGAAUGAACCGCAACCUAUUCAAAACUCUAUGUGAACUACUAGUUGCCGAAGGGCGUCUUACAUAGACGAGAAAUGUAGAAAUAGAGGAAAUGGUACUUACCUUCCUACUUACCCUUUCUCAUAGCGAUAAGAAUAGGAGCAUAGUUGUAGAUCUUAGGAGGUCUACAGAGACCAUAUACCCGUCAUUCCAUCGCGUGUUGUGGUCAAUUCUAAGGCUGAAUAAGAUGCUCAUGAAGAAGCCUGAACCAAUUCCAGUUGACUCAACCAACAAUAGGUGGAAGUACUUUAAGGUUAGCAAUUCAAUGAACUCAAUCUGAAAAUCAAAUUCAACUCACCAAUUAAAUUUCUUUGUCUAAAACCACUUAUCCUUCAUUGACGUAGAAUUUCUUAGGAGCACUUGAUGGCACUCACAUUGAUGUCAGACCACUAAAGGAAGAACAAACAAAGUAUCGAGAUAGGAGUGGAAUCUAACAAUAAAUUGUCUGGGAGUGUGCAUACCGAACUUGGAGUUCAUUUACUGCCUCGCUGGUUGGGAAGGAUCUGCACAUGAUGCACGUGUGUUGAGGGAUGCUUUGAAUAGGCCAAAUGGACUUUUUGUGCCUCAAGGUAAUAGGUGUACCUAAUAGGUUAAGGUUCUUGUUCUAAUCAUUGAAUUAUGUCUAAUGAGGGCUACUUCUUUUACUAGGAUGUUAGUAUUUAUGUGAUCAUGGUUAUGGAAACAGUCCUGGGUUCUUGACCCCCAUCCGGGGGCCAAGAUACCAUGUUGAUGGACAACAACGUCUUCCUUUAACCACUGAGGCAUACUACAAUUGGUGGCAUGCACAAGCUAGGAACGUUGUAGCCUGCUGUUUGCUCCAUAAUUUCAUUAAAAGGGAACAUGGUGCUGACAUUUAUGAAAGAACUUACCGAGAUCAAGCAACUUUGGAACCUGAAGUUGUUGAAGUUGAACCUGAAGUUGUUGAAGUUAAGGACACUUUUUAACUGCAGAUAUGUGGCUACUGAAUUGGCAACUGAUAUACAAUGAGCAUGUCUUGCAGGAUGGGGAGAAAGAGAUGUGUUGGUGGAGAUAAAGAUGGAGCAACUUCCAGCAAGUACACAUUUUGGCCUGAGAAGCUUGACAAGCCUUUAGUCGAGUGCAUUUUGGAGCUGAUGGUGAAGGGGAUCAUUUUGGAUGGCAACUGCAAAAACGGAGGAUAUGACGCUCUCGAGAAGAUGUUGGAACAAAAGGUACCUGGCUGUGGGAUGAGGGCAAAGCCCAAUAUUGAAGGACGAUACAAGGGUUUGAAGAAAAAGUGGCAUGCUUUCACAUUUAUGAGGAAUCAAAGUGGAUGGGGGUGGGAUGAGGUCAACAAGUGCGUCAUAUGCCCUUAUGAGAAGUGGGACAAGUUUGAAGAGAAACAUCCAAAUUGCGGAGGUCUGAACAAGAAAUCAUUCCCGGUGUACGAUGACUUGACUCCAGUGUUCGCCAAAGGACGUGCAAGCGGAGAGCAUGUGUACGAUAUCGAUCCCCCGGGCUGUGGAGGGGAACCAAUCGAGGAUGAGGCCUCGAGUGAUGGGACAGCAGGAAAGAAGAAGAAGAGGUCCCAAUCUGUAGAUGACAGGAUUGACUUCGUUGUGGGUGAGAUGAGUGAGCUUCGCCCAAUGAUCAAGCAGUCAAUGGAAACCAUCGCUAGAGCACUUGGUGAGAGUGACGACCUUAUCGAGAAGAGAACCAAUCUGCUGAAGACACUUGAGGAGCUUGAAGGGAUCACUAGAGCUGAGAUUUUAACAGCAUUAAGGAAGCUUUCUAACAAUGACAGGGAUUUGAUGAUCUUCUAUGGCUUGGAAGACAAAGCUGACAAGUUGAUGUUCGUGACAGGGCUGCUUGGAUGAAGUACAUUUUGUGGGAAGUUAUAAAUGUUAGUUUACGUAUGUUGAACAAAGAACUCGAACAAGGUUGUUGUGUUUUGGGAUUUUGCAGGAAGUUUAUUAUGUCGGUUUACUUAUGUUGAACAAGAACUCUUACAAGUCUGUGGGAAGUUAUGUAUGCAAGAUUAUGUAUCUUGAAGUUAUGUAUGCAGAAUAUGUUAAUCCCAGAAUUGAGUAUGUUACAUGGUUACAUAUGUUGUUUUUUUUUAUCAGGUUAAACCCAUAAUUGAGUAUGUUGCAGGGUUAUGAUUCUGUUAAAUAUGCUAAGGGCAUAUAUCAUGUUUGGUAGUAAAACAAAGGCUGCAACUGGUAAAACCCAGAUCAGAAUGGUCAUUCAAUUAACAAGUAACAUACUGCCUCAUUACUGGGCUUACAAUAGCCAACACCAAACAUUCUUUUCUUUUACUUCCAUAGCUAACAAAAAGCUCUAAACUUCAGCUAUGGGGAAUGAGUCCAACAACAACAUAAAUUGGUGCGUCCCUUCUAGGACUUCCACCUUCCAUGGCAACGGUGGCGGAGUAGCAGCAAGCGGGGAGAGAAGGCGGGAGACCAUGACCAGCAAGGUAGCUUCUGGUCAAUUACAAGAGGAUCACAGCCUGAGUUACGACUUCUGCAUCAAGGAUGGCGGUGGUGGGUGUAUAUUUCAAGCAUCGGGGGUGCUAUUGGGAUCGUGAGACCAUCAUCAAAACCAGCAACAGCAAAGCCAGGAUUCGUUCGAGAGCAGAUAGAUGGGCAGCUACACCGCCGGCGUCGUAUGGAAAUGACUUAUCAUCGUCGUCGAAGUUCUGUCCAAACGAUGCGUGUAAUCGGCACCUACGAGAUUGCCAAAGAGGGUAGUGAGAAACCUCAAUUUUUCCGGGUAAAGUAGAUAUUAAUGUCCAUCAAUUUAUCUGGGCAUCAGAUUAUUGGUUACACGUCAGUGGCUAGUCUCCAUGCGACGACGAUCUCUAGGGGAAGAAUCUGAUGAUGGUUACGCGCAGCGGGAGUGGCGUGGAGGAGAUUGGAGGACGCAACGACGGAGGGAGUGGGGGUAUAAAGGCACUUUUACAAU